AUGCCAGUCCUGCUGACUGCCUUUCUGGCAUUUUUGCUACUGGGGAUUUUAUCACUCAUACUGUUCAGAUGGUUCGUCUCCAAUUUGGCUGUGCGAUUUUUCCACAAUGUGUUUAACGCUGAGUUGAAGAUCAAAUCGGUGGGCCUCUUCUCAGUGCGAGGGAUUAGUAUCCAGUUUCAGCCGCAGCAUACUCUGGAAAUUGAUCGGAUAUGGAUUUCAAGCAAAUUACUAAACCAAGACCUACCGAGGUACCUGGCUUUGUGUGUGGGAGAAACUCGAGUUCGGAUCGACCUGCUGGAGCCCGUCCAACCUCGGGUGUCCAAAGGCAGUAGAAGAAAUGACAGGAAGCUGCCGCUCAGUUCCUCUAAACUGCACCUCCUCUCUCAGUUACUCUCGCUCCAUAUUGAUUCCAUAAAUGUAGUAGUGCUGAACCUGGCCCUGUCAGAGUCUCUCUGGCACAUGACUACUACAGGCAUCACCCUGCUGCUGGACCACCAAAGCAAAAGGUUGGCCUGGGAUUUCUCUGUGGGACAGCUCAGCAGUAAAGUGCUUAAAAGCAGCCGACUGCAGGACACUUGCCUGGCUGAGGUUUCUCUGAGCCUGGCACUGACUGGGGAUGUGAGCCUGCCGGACCUGCGGCCAGGCGGCCUGGGCCUCAGUGUCAGGACCCUGCAGGUCGAGCUCCAUGAGGGACUGUUCCGCAGCCAGCUGCUGCCGCCCCCUCCUCCAGAAAGCACGCACACUAUGGCUGAAACCGCAGAGUGUGAGGAGGAUUCUUAUGUGCAAACAGCAGCAGUAGAGCAGUUUCAUAAACUAGUUCCUCAGAAGGUUAAUGUGGAGUUUGAGAACACUAAUAUGACCUUGUCCAUGCACAGUCAAAAAAGACAUUUGAACUGGACUCUGAAGUCUUUGAAGGUCAGCUACGGGCGUGAUGAUGAACAGCUUCCUCUCAGGAGUUUCACUCCUGAGCUCUGUUUCCCCCAAAGCAGCCUGGAGCUUCUGCUGGAGGACGGGCUUCUGCUCUCACAGAGCCGACAGAGGAUCAUUUGCCUCAACACUUUAAGGACCGUCCUGCAGGUGACUUCAGUAGAUAUCUCUGGCUCAGUCACAGUCAACACUUGUAUCAUCCACUACCGUCACCAGGAGUUCUCCCACUGGCUUGACCUGUUCCCAUGGGAACAACUCUCUCACAGGAAAACCACACACAGAAAAAAGCGUUUUCCACACCUGGAUGCUCCUGUGAUGGUCAGCUCCUCUGUGUCUAAUGUAAACGUAUCUGUGCAGCUAGGCGACACACCACCCUUUGCUCUCGGCUUCCUCUCUGCGGGUGCAGAGCUGCAGCACCUGCUGGAUAUCAGCACUGAUGCAGAGUCUCUAAAGAGUCAAAAUGUGCACCAGCGUGCCUCUCUGACCCUGGACCACUUCUGGUGGCGAGUGGGCCAGGGCUCCCACAUCCAGCAAGCUCCUCACCCACCAGGCAAACACGUGUGGGGAGAGGCCCUCAUCCUCGACUCCCUCAAACUACAGUGCAGCUGUAACAAGCCCCAGAUGGAGACCUCCAGCCGCUCAGAGAGCGUGUGUGCAGAGGCCAGUCUGAGGGGUCUACAAGUGGAGGUUUCAGAGACCUGUGCUCUGUGUCUGUCACGUCUGCUGUCCCUCUUCAGAGUGAACAGAAUGAAGGAAAACAAAACCAAGAUCCCCCCUGACCUAGCGCCUUCCCCUGUGACAGAGUUGCCUUCCCCUCUCAGCCAGGGGCACGUACCUCUGCUUUUUAAACUGGAGCUCAACCUGGAGGACGUCAAUGUGUUUACCCUCUCUAACGUGGCAGGUGCAGUAGCCUUACGAGUGGAUACGGUUGGUGCUCUGGGCUCAGGGGAAAGCUCCAGUGUGUCUGUGCGGGGCGUGUCCCUGGCUAUGGUUAAGACGAUCACUGAGACCAUGGAGCCCUGCUGUCCUGCUGCUCAAACAGUCAACCCUCUUCUCAGCCUAACCACUCUGACUGUGUCCUACCAUUUAAGCAUACACACCCUUGAGGUCCGGUGUGAAAAUGAUCUGUUGAUGCAGUGGACACCAUCAGACCACAUGUUCCUAUAUCACCAUUUCACAGAGAGCCAAAGUUGUUGGAACACCCUGUCCACGGCUUUGAGUCUUAAGCAAAAGGACCAAGCAGCAGAAGCUGCAGCUUCUCCCGGCCGGAGCCUCAGCGUCCGUGUGGAGCUGGACGGCACCCGCCUCAGGGCGCACGUGGGUGAAGAAAGCUUCAUCCUGCUACAUGCUGACUCUUUGUUCCUUUACAAACACACUGGCUCUGUGCACAUGAAAGCCCCUCACCUGGUCUUCAACUUCGACGGCAACAACAUCUUCUCGUUCUCUGGGAUCGACGUGCAGAUGUUGGAGGAUCUGGAGGAAAUAAGGAUGCACAGGGGCCAUUUUCCCUUUCUCACCACUCCACAAAACCGUGUCUGGCUCUUCACCUGUCCCAGCGUGGUCAUCGAGUUUCCUUACCAGUACAACUUCUCCAACACCUUCGAUAAGGCCAUUAGCGUGCAGAAGUGGCUGAAGACCUUGCACCGUGGCAGCAGCCCGCCCUCAGAGCCCCAGCGCUUGCCCCCGGAUCUGCUCUUCCGCGUCAACCAGUUCUCUUUCGUCUUCUUGGACGACGUUUUCGAGAUAAAGCUACGCGACAACUACGAGCUGAUGAAGGACGAAAGCAAGGAGAGCGCCAAGCGCCUGCAGCUCCUGGAUAAGAAAGUAGCUGACCUGCGCAAACAGCACGGGGAGCUGCUGCCAGCCCGUAAGAUCGAGGAGCUCUACACCUCGCUGGAGCGUAAACACAUCGAAAUCUACAUCCAACGCUCACGUCGCCUCUACGCCAACACACCCAUGCGCAAAUCCUUGCUCACGUGGACGGUGUCGGACCUGGAGCUGGUGGUGUUAGCUGACGUGUCUCUGCACGGGCCUGAACGGGUCAGAGAACAGCUUAGAGACAUCGAUGGCAUCAGCCCGUUCCCCAGAGAUGGCCUGCCCCUCGUCAUUCAGUGGUGCCGUGCCAUCAAAUUCAAGCUCACUGCUUUUCUGGUGAGAAUUCGGGACUACCCCCGGUAUCUGUUUGAGAUCCGAGAAUGGGCUCUGUCUGGGAGGCUCAUUGGCACAGAGCAGGAUGGGGGGAUUCGGGCGCGCCGUAAGCAGGUGGUGCAGCUGGGUCAGCCAUGGGGUGACGUCACAGUUCACAGGAAUAUGCCGCCACUCAAAUUCUACUACGACGUCCACUCAAAUAUUUCCCUCUACACCAUUGUCUGGGGACCGUGCUGGGACCCUGCCUGGACCCUGAUUGGCCAAGCUGUCGAUUUACUGACCAAGCCUACGGCUGACCCCUCUCCCCCGCUAGCCUGGUGGGAUAAGAGCCGUCUGCUGCUGCACGGUCGCUGGGUCAUGGACAUCGACCAGGCCAACUUGCACCAACUAGCCACUGAGGACCCUUACAACACCACAGAGAACUUGCACUGGGAGUGGAACAAACUCAACUUUGACUGGAACCCCGGCCAGUUUGUGUUCAAGGGAGACAUGGAUGUGAAUGUUAGGACAGCCUCUAAGUAUGAUGAUAUCUGUUUCUUACACUUACCCAACCUGUGUAUGACCCUUGACCUGCAAUGGCUUUGUCAUGGCAACCCCCACGACCAUCACGCUGUAAUGCUCUGCUGUGCGGAGAACAUUGCUGAUGUGACCUCAGGUCAACCCCAUGACUCCUACAGGGCUUUCCGCUCCGAGAACCUCAACCUCUCCAUUACCAUGGACCUCAACCAGCACUCUGCAGCAGAGCCGUGCCAGCCCAGAAUCCUCCUCUACAGCAGCACUCUGCGCUGGAUGCAGAACUUCUGGGCCACCUGGACCAGCGUGUCACGGCCCAUCUGCAGAGGGAAGCUCUUCCACAGCCUGAGGCCCAUCCGCAAGAAGCUGGGCCAGCACUACAAACAGAUGUCCUACACAGCAGCCUUCCCCCAGCUCCAGGUACAUUACUGGGCAUCCUUUGCUCAGCAGAGAGGCAUCCAGCUGGAGUGCAGUAAGGGACACAUCUUCACCAGGGGAACGCAGAGGCUCAUUCCACAGGCUGGCACUGUGAUGAGAAGGCUGAUCUCAGAGUGGAACGUCACUCAGAUGGUCAGCGAGCUUUCUCUGGUCACCGUUCACCUGAUGGCCUCGACGUGGGACGAAACGGCAGACCACCAAAUCAACGCCCAGGUGAAGAAAACCCACCUGCUCAGCCUGUCCUCUCUCAGCUAUCAGAGACAGAGCAACCGCAUGGAGGAGGAGGUGAACUCAAAAGAUGAGAGCAACGCCUCUUACACACACAAGCUGUGUUUGGUGGACUUGCGUGCUUCGUGGACCACCACCAAUAGGAACAUAGCCUUCGGCCUGUACGACGGCUAUAAGAAAGCUGCCGUGCUGAAGAGGAACCUGUCCACUGAGGCUCUGAAGGGCCUUCGCAUUGACACCCAAAUUCAGGCCAAAAAGCUAAAGCGCUCCAUGUCAAGCUACUCCCCAAACACUGCACCCGCCACCCCCGUCAUUCCCACCGCCAGCCGUGCCGAAAAGAGUCCGAACGAAGGGACAUCCAUGCUGCAGAAGCUGAUCGAGGAGACAGAUAAAUUUGUGGUGUUUUCAGAAGAAGAGGCAGGUGUGAGCGAACAGCUGUGUGGCAUUGCUGCCUGCCAGACUGACGAUGUGUAUAAUCGGAACUGGUUCAUAGAACUGGUCAACUGUCAGAUGAUGCUGCGUGGGACUGAGACGGCGGGAUGUGUGCUGGUGUCUGCUGCUAAGGCUCAGCUGCUGCAGUGUGAACACCACCCGGCCUGGUACAACGACACACUCAAACAGAAGACCACCUGGACCUGUCUGCUGGACGGCAUGCAGUAUUUUGCCACCAUGGAGCCCAACCCCUCUGAGCAAGAGGAUUGGCAACUCUGGCUGGAAGUUAAAAACAUUGAGGAGCACCGACAGCGUCACCUGGACUCAGUGCAGGAACUGAUGGAGAGUGGUCAGGCUGUCGGAGGCAUGGUCAGCACCACCACCGACUGGAAUCAGCCAUCUCAGGUACAGGAGACUCAGCAGGUCCAGCGUAUCAUCUCGCGUUGUAGUUGCCGGAUGUAUUACAUCGGCUAUAGCCACGACAUCGACCCUGAGCUUGCCACUCAGAUUAAGCCACCAGAGAUGAGAGACAGCCAUGAGAAAGAAGAUCUGCUCAAGAAACAGGCUGGUGCAGUGGACACGUUCACACUCAUUCACAAUGACUUGGAGAUCUCCACCAAUCCGGUGCAGUAUGCCAUGAUCUUGGAUAUAGUGAACAAUCUUCUACUCCAUGUGGAGCCUAAACGGAAGGAGCACAGCGAGAAGAAACAGCGUGUGCGCUUCCAGCUGGAGAUCUCAAGUAACCCUGAGGAGCAACGCAGCAGCAUUCUGCAUCUCCAGGAAGCCGUUCGGCAGCACGUGGCCCAGAUCCGCAGGCUGGAGAAACAGAUCUAUUCCAACAUGCGGGCCCAGACAGAGGAGAUGAGAGGAGAUGAGCUGUCUGACAUCAACCUUCGCCUGCAGAACCAACUCAACCAAGAGAAGACAGACUUGCAGAUGAAGAGUGAGGAGCUGAACAUCCUCAUCAGAUGUUUUAAGGAUUUCCAGCUGCAGCGGGCCAAUAAGCUGGAGCUGCGUAAGCCGCCGGAGGAUGUUAGCGUGGUGCGCCGCACCGAGUUCUACUUUGCCCAGGCGCGCUGGUGCCUCACCGAGGAAGACGGCCAGCUUGGCAUCGCUGAACUGGAGCUCCAGAGGUUCAUGUAUAGCAAGCUGAACAAAUCUGAUGACACAGCUGAACAUCUCCUUGAACUGGGGUGGUUCACCAUGAACAACCUGCUCCCCAACGCUGCUUACAAGGUGGUUCUGCGCCCUCAGAGCCCCUGCCAAUCAGGACGUCAGCUCGCCCUCCGCAUCUUUAGUAAAGUUCGCCCCCCUGUGGGCGGCAUCUCUGUCAAAGAGCACUUUGAGGUCAAUGUGGUGCCACUCACCAUUCAGCUAAUGUAUCAGUUCUUCAAGAGGAUGAUGGGAUUUUUCUUCCCCGGACGAAACGUGGAAGAAGAAGAAGUUAGCGAUGAGGAGGACAAAUUUCGAUUAGUUACCACAGGUGUUGUUAAGCCACGGCAGCUGUCUGAAGACUCCAUAGGGGGACUCACGCCCAGUAAAGGGGUAGCCCAGGGGUUGAAUCGCACCGCCGGUGUCAGGAGGUCGUUUCGUAAGCCGCCUGAGCAUCCGGUAGAUGACAUUGAUAAAAUGAAAGAGAGGGCGGCCAUGAACAACUCCUUUAUCUACAUCAAGAUCCCCCAGGUUCCUCUCUGUGUCAGCUAUAAGGGCGAGAAGAGUAGCGUCGAUUGGAAGGAUCUUAAUCUGGUCUUACCCUGCCUGGAGUAUCAUAACAACACGUGGACCUGGCUGGAUUUUGCCAUGGCUGUGAAGAGAGACAGUCGCAAAGCCCUGGUGGCCCAGAUGAUAAAAGAGAAGUUGCGGCUGAAGCCAGCGGCCGGCUCCGAGUCCCGAGGGAAAACGGCGGACGGAAAGACGGACAGCAGCCUCCAGCAGCAGGAGGAGGACGAGAAGGCCCGUCUCCUGAUCGGCCUCAGCACGGCCGACAAGAGCUCCAGCAAGAAGAGCAUCUUCAGUCGCAGGAAGUGACCUUUCAACAGACCCCCCCCCCCCCAAAGCCCUCGCACACUCUCAUCCCUCCACAUGGUUCAGUACUGAGCCAUGGAAGGACAACCCAAGAGCCAAGAGGAAAAGUUUCUCUUGCGUCAGUGUUGCCUUCAGAAUGUCACAGAGAUCGUGGACACGAUGAGAAUGUCUCUCACAUCUCACUGUUGUGUUCUCACUGGAGUGUCCAGGUUUCCAAACUACUGUCUGCAGAGAAUGCAGAAG